GGCCACGCAACCUUUCAAAACAUCCAAGUCCCAAAACGAAAGGAAGUGCAUGUGAGGGAUCGUUCAAAACAUCUUUGUCUAAGACAUCACAAUCAUCAUGCUGAUUGGCACCCGCCCACUGCUCCGUCAGGCGUUAUGGCGCUGGGGCCACACCUCGGCCUUUGGCACCGAGGGCGGAUCUAGAACUCUGACGGAAAUGAAUGGGCCGUCGAGUUAUAUUGACGAAGUGGAAACCCCCAUGGGCCCCAACGACGAAUUGAUUCGCACCCAUGUCAAAAACCGGAAUCCACGCAAUCUGGAGAUGAUGCGCAUCGGCUACAAGCCCUCAGGUUUCAAAUGGGAACGCAAAUAUCGUCAGUUCUGGAACAAACUUGAACUUGAUAUCACCCACAAGCACACGAAAGCGCAAGUGGUCCAUUGGAGUGGGAUCCGCGUCUGCCACGCCUCCACCCAAGAGUGGUCGAUCCGAAAGUUCCUGUACAACACCACCGAUGCCGUGGCCCUCGAGGCCAUUGCCAAGGUCAUUGCCCAACGAUGUCUCCAAGUGGGUGUGUCUCACGUGUUCCUCGAGCUCGAGGAGGAGGACCUACAGAAAGAACGCAUGAAUCGCUUCGUGGACGCGGUGAAAGAGCAAGGCAUCAGCGUGGGUGAGCCGCACAAGUAUCGUCAGACCGAGCCGCACGUGCGCCUCUACGAAUUUAAGAAGAGCAUUCAACCAUGGACCGUGAUUGACGACGAGAAAUAAGUCGUGAGCUCGGGGCACCGCGUUUUGAUUCAGUAUAUCCCAGUGUAAAUAAACAUUAAUUCUGACAAGCUGGCGCUUUUCUAGGCCCGAACCACGGCGGCCGGAAUGUCCUCGGUGGAGGUCACGGAAUCGGCAUAGGUCGACCGGAAUAUGGUCUGCUCUGGGUCAUCGAACAGGCGGGCAUCGCGAUGGGUCAGGCGCACGCAGAUCUGCAAUUAGCCGUCCCAACAACGUGAUUAACCCGAGCCAUCAUGAGGACCAGCAUCAAUCCGUGGGGCCGACUCACCUGGGGCGAAUCCAGCCAGAUCUUUUUGAACUCGGGCACAAAAGACAGUAAGACCAGAAAGAAGCACGUGGCUAUGAUCCACUCGGUGCUGGUGCUGGCCACGUGCCAGGCCCAGCCCCCAUCCUCGGGCUGCCAUUUGGUUUUGUCUUUUUCUAUCGCGGGAAGGACGAUAUAUCAGUCAAACCGGGCCCAUGAGACGGCGGGGUGGAAUGCGGGCAUACUUACUCCGGAAUUCCUGGGCGGCAAUCACGCCACAGGAUAGCAUCAGGGGAAAUCCGAUCGAACAAAUGAUGGCCAAUAGAGCUCGGCCAUAAAGCAGGAUCCGCCCAUGACUGAGUGAGCACAGGAUGAAGGAGGCGUAUACCUGGGUCCACAA